AUGACGAAAGUUAUUGAAUUAUGUCCUGAUAGGGAUUUAACAAACCUAAAAUUUGAAAAAUAUCAGUUUUGCACUGAUGAAAUUCCAAUAGAGACCGAAAUAGAUUUGAAAACAGAUGUAUAUAGAUUAGAACUAACAACAAACCGGGAUUCCCUUUUAGAAACUCGAUUGUUUGCAUUUCAUAAUCAUUUAUUCAAAAAUCCAUACGACACAUCAGUUUGGUUUAUAGAUAAAAAUUGGGUUGUAUGGCGUUUUAAGAAGGAUAAAUGUUUAGAGCAAGUACAUGUAAUUCAUGAUUCAAGUGAAAAACUACAGAUUUUUCUGUACAAUCCAUCAAUUGGAUUUACUAGCAAUGAUAUUGUUGUACUUUCUGACGGCAAUAACUGUUUAAACUUAUUAAUAACAGAUACUCAAGAACAUGUUAAAUCUUUUAUAUUAAAUGAUGCUGAACCUGGAGUUAUAUUAGAUGUACAAUAUGUGAAUGCUGCAGCUACCGUUAUGAUCGUGAUGUGUGAUAUCAAAAGUAAAAGUGAAAAAAAAAUUACAAGGCUUUUAUUACUAACAUAUAGUUGGAAAAAUGUAGGGAGUAAAGACGAGUACUUCGAACUAACUAAUAAAGAAGCUUUAAAUGUAAAUGGUGCAGUGGAAUAUGUAUAUAUAGAAAAAUGUGGGAAAUAUUUACAUUCCAUUUGUCAAGAUUAUAUAACAUUUGAAUGUCCAAAAACAAAGCAAUCUACUAAUAGUAACAAAGAUACAAAAAAGACUGGAGAACUAAAUAUUCCCAAAUAUUGUUGGUCUCAAGAUGAGGAUUUAAUAACAGUUUGGCUUACAAUUGAUAAGCAACAUCAUGAUAAAGUUAAAGUAAAUGUAACACCAUUAGAACUAUCAGUAACAGUGAAUGGUAAAGUACUAAUUAAAGGACAAUGUCAACACAGAUUAGAUGAAAAUUUGACGACGUGGAAAUAUGAACAAGACACGUUUAAACUUGAAUUGUACAAGCACGAAAGUGGUUUGAUGUGGAAUGAACUAAUUAAAGGUGACACUGGUGGAGAGCAUUUACUUAAUGAAACUUUGGCUGCUGAAGUUCACUCUAGAUUGGCACAUUUAUGUACAGAUCAAAUGGAUAACAAACAAGGUCAACCUUGUUUGGGAUUUAAUGCUGAACAACUUGAAGAAUGUGAUCUUGAAGGAAAAGACAAUCUUUUACAAAGAAUUGACCUAAUUACGCAAGAAAAUACUCAUUUAGCAAUGCUUGGAGUAAAUAAUCAUGUAUUAUAUACAUAUAAAACAAAAUCUGGACAAGCAAUAUGUUUAAGACAUGAUAACGACGGCUGUUUAUGGAUAGCUGGUCAAGUAAAUGAUUCUGAAUGGAAUAUAAAGCACCACUACACUUUCCCUGGAUUUGGAUAUGUUGAAGCAAGUAAAAGUAACAAAAAGUUUUGUCUUUCCCCUCCUGAUGGUUCAUAUGUAGCCAUACUUGAGCACACAAGAUAUAUAUUUCUUUAUAAAAGACCAGAAUCAAAUGUUGAAAUUGGAAAACAAUGGAUUGUCGAUCUAGCUAUGGAAUCUUGUCCCAUUAUGGGAGCAGCCGCUACAAAUAAUUUUCUAAUAAUUUUAACUAAAAACAAAUUCUAUCGAUUGAAUAUUUAUGAUAUAAUUACAAAAUAA